GUGGCUCCAUCAGCAGCCGAACAUGGCAGAGAGCCAGAAGAAAGGGGGCUUCAAAAAAUUCAAGUUCUUCAAGUUCAAAGGUUUUGGGAGCCUGAGCAACAUCAAUCGAGUGUUCACCAUCCGGCGAGUGUCUGUCGCCCCCAGCGCACAAGAGACCCUGGGGCCGGGUCUCCUGCAACCCAAUGGCUUCCUGGAGGACCCCUUUGACAGCACUCAGGAUGACUUGAACACCAUGCCCAAGAGCCCCACCCCCUAUGUCAGGUCAUCUGACAUGUACAGCCAUAUGGGGACAAUGCCCCGGUUGAGCCAUGCAGGGAAACGGGCUAAGGGCUCCAAAAACUGUCAAGAGAAAGGGAACCCCGGUGGCAAAGCCUGUGGCACAUCCCCAUCAUCCCUCCCAGAGUCCCCAGCAUCUUCUGUUGCCCCUGCCCCUGGAGCAGACCCUCCCUCGACAACUGGAAAAUCAGAGCAGAACGGGGAAAAGACUCUGCUGUCAAACAGCAUCCCCAGCCCCAGGGGAUCAAUCACGGCAACACCCGAAGUAGAAUCCAGCUCCUCACGGAGCCUCUCUGAAUCAGCCCCUGAGUGCGCAGCAGAGACACAAGCGGCCAGUCCAGCGCAGGCCCCUGUUCAAGCUCCCAGGACAGAGCUUACCAAAGAGGAGCCAUUGGAAGACCCCAUUCAGCUGGAUGGAGGAGAGAAAGGGAAAGAGACUUUGCUGCCAGACCCCCCUGAGAGCUCACAGGAAAGGCACCAGGAUAGCCCAGAAUCCAGCAGUGAAUACGUUAAGUUCUCCAAGGAGAAAUACAUCCUUGACUCUUCUCCUGAGAAGCUACACAAGGAGCUGGAGGAGGAGCUGAAACUGAGCAGCACCGACCUGCGCAGCCACGCGUGGUACCACGGGCGCAUCCCCCGAGAGGUAUCCGAGAGCCUGGUACAGAGGAAUGGGGACUUCCUGAUCCGCGACUCACUCACCAGCCUGGGGGACUACGUGCUGACGUGCCGCUGGCGGAACGAGCCACUCCACUUCAAGAUCAACAAGGUGAUGGUGAAGUCCAGUGAAGGUCGCACCCACAUCCAGUACCUGUUUGAGCAGGAGAGCUUUGACAACGUGCCCGCCCUGGUGCGCUUCUAUGUGGGCAACCGCAAAGCCAUCUCCGAGCAGAGCGGUGCCAUUGUCUACUGCCCCAUCAACCGCACCUUCCCGCUGCGCUACCUGGAAGCCAGCUAUGGACUAGCUAAUGGCAAACACAGCAGCCCCCACAGCCCUGCCAGCCAGAAAGGGGGGCACAUCAAGAGGCGGAGCAUCACCAUGACGGAUGGCCUGACUGCAGACAAGAUCACCAGGGGUGAGGGGUGCCCCACCAGCGUGUCCUUACCACACCAUCGAGAUGUCAUCCGGAACUGUGCUGUAAGCGUGGACCAGAUCCAAGACCUCCACUCCCCAAUGUCUCCCAUCUCUGAAAGUCCAGUAUCCCCAGCCUACAGUACUGUGACACGACUAAAGCCCCAAGGCAGCCUAACCCCUGCCUCACCAGUCAUAAGACGAUCCAGCGAACCCCAGCUGUGCCCAGGAAAUAACAACAAGCCGGCACCAGACCCAGGCGACAGCACUCACUCCAGUCCCUGCCACAGAUACUCCAGGGCCUCUCCUUCCCCCUCUGUGAACAGCUACAGCGACCCGGACACAGGGCAUUACUGUCAGCUCCACCCCACCUCCCCAGUCAGCAGGGAGAGACCCACACAUGACACCAAGCAGCUUCCCACAAAGAGCUAUGUGGAGAGGCUAAAGGUGGAGGAGGGGCCCAGAGUGACUGUGGAAAAUGGCUCCAGUGAGGUGGAGGCCGGGCAGAGGCUGAAAGGAGAGAUGGACCUCGGGGGCUUUGUGCCGCCCACAGUGGAGACAAGUUCCUCCUUCAACCCCGCAGCCUUCCGGUCCCUACUUAUCCCUCUAGAAAACAAGCCCCUGGAAAUGGCCGUGCUGAAGAAGGUCAAGGAGCUCCUGGCAGAAGUCGAUGCCAAGACCCUUGCCAAACACAUCACCAAAGUGGACUGCCUGGUUGCUAGGAUAUUGAGUGUUACCAAGGAGAUGCAGAGGCUCAUGGGGGUGAGCUCGGGCAUGGAGCUUCUCACAUUGCCCCACGGACAUCAACUUCGGCUGGACCUCCUGGAACGGUUCCACACGAUGUCCAUCAUGAUUGCUGUGGAUAUCCUGGGCUGCACGGGCAGCACGGAGGAGAGGGCCACCCUGCUGCACAAGACCAUCCAGCUGGCUGCUGAGCUGAAGAGCACCAUGGGAAACAUGUUCAGCUUUGCUGCGGUGAUGAAUGCCUUGGAAAUGCCACAGAUCUCACGGCUGGAGCAGACCUGGAUGGCGCUGCGCCAGAGGCACACGGAGGGUGCCAUCCUCUAUGAGAAGAAGCUGAAGCCCUUUCUGAAGAGCCUGAAUGAAGGCAAAGAAGGCCCCCCAUUGACCAACACUACCUUCCCGCACAUUGUGCCCCUCAUCACACUCCUGGAGCGGGACGCUGCAGUCCUGGACAGCUCUGAGCCCUGGGAGAACCUGGACAACGGUGUGGAGAUUGUGUUGGCCCACCUGGAGGCUGCCCGGAUGGUGGCGCAUCACGGGGGACUGUACCACACCAACGCGGAGGUGAAGCUGCAGGGCUUCCAGAGCAAGGCCGAGCUCCUGGAGAUCUUCAGCACUGAGUUCCAGCUGCGCCUGCUGUGGGGCAGCCGGGGUGCGGAGAGCAGCCAGAUUGAGCGCUAUGAGAAGUUUGACAAGGUCCUCACAGCCCUGUCCCACAAACUGGAGCCCUCUGUACGCUUCAGCGAGCUGUGACCUGACUCAGAACCAAGCUACUGGGGGAGGGUGGCAUGAUCAUUGCAUCAGUCCUGUGGGACACCCAGCAAGCAGGCACCAAGUCUGUAAACCCAUCAACUCAUUCUCAUGCAGCCAGAGGAGCAAGGAGCCACGGCCCUGUGGGGACCACAGACCCAGGGGGAGACCCAGCCUGGCACAGGUGGUGGAUGUGAGAAAGAGCCAAGAUAGCAUCCACCUUCUGCAGCAGAAAUGGGUCAGGCUCAGGCUGCAGCCCAGGGACUGGGAAGCUGCCUGGGAGAGAAGUCUCCUGAAAAGCCCCAGAACUCGGGGCACAGACAGGGGUGGAGCUGGGGCAAAAUGGGCCUGUGCUUGCUCCACACGACCAGAGGAUACGUGCUAGUACCCACCUUUCCUCCUCAAUCUUGGCAUGGAGCAAGAGCAAAACAUCACUUGUGGCCCCACCGUCCUUAGCUGCCCCAGCUCCACCAGGCCUCACAUACCUGCCUCCAUCCUAGUACAAAUGUUUGAACUGUGCAUGCCUGGAUGGGGGGGAGCUUUCUAGUGCCUCUCCCAACUAUGACCCACCCAGCUGUUUCUCUGCUGCAGUCCAGGCUGGCACAUCCAUCUCAGCACAACACUGAUGAAGCCAGUAAUCUACUUACUCCUACCCCUGCCGCCCCAACUGCAAAGUGUUUCACUCACGUGCUCUUUGUCCAGCCCUGCCAGCUCUCCAGCCCCCUUGUGUCCCAUUAUCACAGCACAUCCCCACCUUCUUAAACAGCCAGUUCUCCUUGGAUAACAUUUUUCUGCCUGUUGUGUCCGAGGCCUCCAAAUACUGCUUGUAAAUAGGUUUCAUGUUCAGUUUCUGAUGUACAGAUUUGCAAGGGACAUUCUCAUUGUAAAUAAUGCUCACAUCAUUUUGUCAUGUAAAUAAGUGUAUAUAGAUCAUAGGAGUUUGAUUCUUACAUACAAUAAACUUCUAUGAUCUUCCUCAGCAGCAUC